AUGAAGACAAUAUGGUUUUUGAUAGCAGUUCUGAGUCUUUCUACGGCAGAUUUGCCGUCCUGCAAACGUGCACGCUGUAGUCAUUGUUCCCUCGAAUUUAUUUCAAAAGCUUGUCAAAAGACUUGCCAGGAUUGUCCGCGAGUGGUCCUAGACAAAGUAACAGGAAAAAAGCUGAAAGUUUAUCCGGAAGAUUACCAUCCGCUUCCUAUAUCCUCAUCCUACAAAACAAAAAAGGAUCACUCUGACGAAAACGAGCCACAAAAGCCGUUAAAGCAACCAGAUAUCGGUGUUAUUUCCAGGCAAUCAGGCGUUGCUACCCAGACGCAACAGCAGUUUAACUCUAACGCAAAGAAUAAAGCACUUCAGCCAGUACACCGACCGGUACUACAGGGUCAUUUGCCGCCCAACCAGUUCAAUCAACUGUCCGUUGACAUUUCCACUCUUGCACCACUUAUUCCGCCACCACGACCAACAGAUAUCAAUAGAAAUCUCGCUCAACAGCCGGCCGAUUUAGCUCAUUCACUUACGGAUUACCAGCAGAGCGCUCAGAAUGUGGAAGUUUUCAAGCAACAACAACCAACGGCAUUUCAAAACGCAGCACAACCACAAUUAUACAGUACCAACCAGAACACAUUCACCCAACCUGCAAUGACUGACAUAUUCGGGCGACCUAUGUUCCAAGCACAAGCAGUACAACCGCUUCAGUUUCCGCAACAGCAGCAACCCAGUCUGUUUAUGAAUUCUUUCCAGACGUUCCCACAACAGCCGUCUAAUCAGCAAUCUAUGCUGGAUCCACUCGGUUUACUCAAUCUAGCAGGAAUGACACAUUUAGGCCAGGGAACCACAGUGGGGCAAACUCCAGCGAUCUCCGGUUCUUACAGCCAACCACAAAUUACUUAUGGAAUAGCACCAAUAACCAGUCAUCAACCACUUGUUAAUCCACAACAGAAUUUCCAGCAAAGUCCACAAGCAAAUUAUUAUGGACAGCAGCAAAAUUAUUACAAUAAUCAGCAUCCGAAUGCACAUCAAAGUGUACAAAACUACUAUCAAGGAGCCGCACCACAACACGUGACAUCAAGUUUGACGACAGGCGACGUUUAUUCGGCACAGUAUAACAGAAAUCACCUACAACAAGGGGCUCGAAGCCAACAGGUAUCCAAUGGCCUUUCAAAGCCAUUAGCAUCACCGAGUAUCGAUGCCGCACCGAUUAAUGUACAAAAAUACGUGGACGGUAAGGGAGUGGUACAAACGAAUUCACCACAACAGUGUCCUCGUCAACCGGGUUGGGCGCCGUGCAUUACGAAACAGACUGCAAACGAGCGAUUUGUCAACUGCUGUGCUCGGUUAGGAGAAGGAUGCUUGCCAUUAUGUAACUAUGACGCCCAACUAGCAACGGUAAGACAAGCUUCUCUCUGA